AUGAUCCCUCGCCGUAUGCUGCUGUCCUACCUUACAAUUAGCCCAAUCUGGUGGUAUUUGAUGCUCGAGUUUACCACAUUUCCAGUGAGCCCGACCCUCGAACGUGGGCCUAUCUUGCCGGACGAACUCGAAAGCUACUCAGUGGAAAACUUCUUGGGAUUGAGCUACAUCGUUGCACCGAGCUUGAGUCCAGCCGAAUUGGAACAGGAAUGGGAAUUAUCACAAAGCACCCCAACACCACUGCAACUCCACUCAGAGAAUCCACACAUGGCAGCAAUGAAGCACAAAUACAACGACCAACUGCAACUUUCCGGCUCGCGUUCAAUUCCUUCCUCACAGCUUUUCCAAUUUAAUGCUCAGCGUCAUCUGAAUUCCGGUACGUUUCAGCUGUUUGCGUUCGAUUUGCAUGAUGCUUCAACACUCUAUCGAGGGUUAUCGCCGCGGUGAUUCGGGUGGUGUAUAUCAGUCAAUGGGCCCUCCAAAUUGGGAUAACUUUGCCACCCACUCAAGAUCAACAAUAGUCGGGAGCAACAGUAAGACAAUGAUACCCAAGACGAAGCGGCCAUAUAUACGAAAUUGGGUGAUCGAGGAGCCGCUUCUUCAUCAAUUCUUUUUGGAUCACAAAAAUGAAGUGGUGAUGUCCCCACUCAGUCUAAUCCAUCUCUGCUGUCAUUCCAAACCAGACAAACAACGCCAAUGUCAUCUAAAAACACUUUACAAGUGCUUGCUUCAAUGCACAUAUGAGAACCACGAAAACCUUCUGGAUCACUUUAAUUUGCCAAUUUACACUUACAAGGACCACCAAAGAAAAUUAUUAGAAUGGCUGCAUGCAUAUCUUAUCCUGUCCACCUCUGGCGACACUGACAGGGAACACCCAGUUGGCCAAGAUUAUUUGUCCAAUGGAUCGCUUGACUCCACUCAAGUCAUUCUUGUGAAGUAUUUCUCACAGCCGAAUUACGCUGAUCAGAUGGUCCAAUUCACUGCUUCACAUCUUGUAGAACAGUAUCAAACACAAAAUAAAAUAAAUUAUUCAUUAUUGAGUCAGCCUUCAUGGUCCAUUCAAGAAAAAUCUAUGCAAUUAGAGAAGGAUCCAAUCCUUCAACAAGAAAUAUUAUUUCUCAAAUGUCUUGCAAUCAACCUAGAGAAUUCUAAAGCCAAA